GCCCCACACGGAAAAGUCGCGCGCGCGAGGAGCCUGCGAGCGAGCCGCAAUCCAAAAGGAGAAGCCGAAGAAGAGCAGCGGACGGGCCCCAUGGUGUCGGCGGGCUUCCAAAUCCUGGGCGCCGCCCUGGGCCUGAUCGGCUGGAUCGGCGCCAUCGUGGUGUGCGCGCUGCCCAUGUGGCGCGUGACGGCCUUCAUCGGCAGCAACAUCGUGACGUCGCAGACGGUGUGGGAGGGCAUCUGGAUGAGCUGCGUGGUGCAGAGCACGGGCCAGAUGCAGUGCAAGGUCUACGACUCCAUGCUGGCCCUCAGCUCCGACCUGCAGGCGGCGCGCGCCCUCAGCGUGGUGGCCAUCGCCGUCGGCGCGCUGGCCGUCCUGCUGGCGUUGGCCGGCGGCAAGUGCACCAACUGCGUGGAGGACCCGGCGGCCAAGGCCAAGGUGGGCGUGGCGGCCGGGGCGGCCUUCAUCCUGGCCGGCGUGCUGCUGCUCGUGCCCGUGUGCUGGACGGCGCACGGCGUGGUGCGCGACUUCUACAACCCGCUGGUGUCCAGCGCCCAGAAGCGGGAGCUGGGCGCCGCCCUCUACAUCGGCUGGGGGGCGGCCGCCCUCAUGAUCGUGGGCGGCGCCAUGCUGUGCUGCAACUGCCCCCGCAAGGACCGGGGCUCCUACGCCACGCGCUACAAGGCGGCGCGCUCCGACGCCUCGGCGCCCGCGUCCGCGUCCGGCAAGGACUACGUCUAAACGCCGCCGCCGCAGAGGUCCGGAACGGCCACCGAACGACACGUUCCCUUCCGAGAGAAAUUUGGGGAGCGACCGGGUGAAGUCGGAGCCUUCUGGCGCUUUAGCGGCCCCCGCCUGGUCCCAGGCCAAAAGUCAACGCCCCUCCCGACCCCCCCGUUUUUACUUUGACAAAUGCAAGCUCCUCUUUUGUGUCCUUUCCGAGUAGCUGUAAAUAAAGAUGCUUUUUC